UCCUUGAAAGAAGGCCUCUCAGUCUCUUCUCAUUUCUCUAUAGAAGCUCUUCAAUCCCCAUUUACAGCUUCUCUUUUUUCUUCUCUCUCUAUGAAUUCUUCUUGAGAACUUCUCUUCUUCCUCUUCCUUUCUCUGCUCGCUCCGUAGACAAUAGCAAGUAGACAACUGCCUGUCGAUCGUUGACGGAGAGGAGGAGAGGAUGCCGAGGAUGCCGCUCUCGAAGUGCAGGAAGGUGAAAUGAAUGGUCGGAAACCAUGCGGACCAUCUGUGACGUCUGCGAGAGCGCACCUGCCAUCCUCUUCUGUGCUGCCGAUGAGGCUGCUCUCUGCCGGCCCUGCGAUGAGAAGGUUCACAUGUGUAACAAGCUUGCUAGCCGACAUGUACGAGUAGGACUUGCUGACCCCAGUGGUGUUUCCCGCUGUGACAUAUGUGAAAAUGCACCAGCAUUCUUUUACUGCGAUAUAGAUGGGAGUUCCCUUUGCUUGCACUGUGACAUGACCGUACAUGUUGGAGGUAAAAGAACCCAUGGAAGAUAUCUACUGUUGAGGCAGAGGGUUGAGUUUCCAGGGGACAAAUCUAUUCCUUUGGAAGAGCAGGCCUUGCAACCUACAGAACCAGUUGAAUUUAGUAGGCAACAGACUCAGCUACCUAAAUUGACAGUGAAUGAGAAACCGCAAAACCACCGGGUCUCUCCCGUUCCAGUGCUAGACGCUAACACAGAGGAUCCGGGCAAGAUCGCCUCUACAAUGAUUGAUCUCAACUCGAGGCCAAACCGGAUUUAUGGGCAGCCUUCAAAUACACAGGUGCAGGGGAUGAAUGCUUUAAGCGAUAGCAAUCAUGAGUGUGCAAGCGUAGUUCCAGUGGGAUCUUGCAAUCAAGAUCUAGAGAAGUAAGCAAGAUGGAGGAAUGGAUUAUUUGCGACUUUGUCGAGAAGGGUAAACAGAAUGCUUUAACUUGCGAGACAACGCGCUAAUGUCUGUGAAUACACCGGCAAUAGAUCCAGGAAUGAAACCUUCUCCCUUGGCCCACUUUAACACUGAGAUUAUCAACCUCAAACCUGAUUAUCAAGAAGGAGAAAUAUGAUCUAGCUUUUUUCACCACCUCCCUCAAAGAUGAUGCCAAGGCCUGAGUCAAAAGAUUGCCCUGAACACAAGGAAUCAUCCAAGAAUAGGGUCAAAGUCUGUGUUAAAGAUGGCCUAAUCCUAACAUAUCUGUGCCGCUUACUCAGUUCUUUCUUUAAGAAAAGGUAACUUGAAAAAAGAAAAAGAAAAAGGCAAUUUGUUUGCUUGAGCAGCUAUUUCAAUCUGAUUCUGAACAAUAUAUCAAUGUUAUUUCAUAGGAGUUAUAUGUCAUGAACUGGUGAUGGUGGUGAAACUAAAUUGUAGUUAUAUGGAAAUUGCUUGUUACAUUUAUUUAUUUUUUGUGUA